CUGCCUGCAAACUAGUCCGUAUCCCGGCCUGCGGAUUCUCCCCGCUCAAGCCAAGGAUCAUCGGCUAGCCUUAGCAAGCCACCAUCACCAACCUCGUCUGCAGGCGCAGCCAUCACCAGUCCGCAUCAGGCAUCUCGCUCUGUCUCGUUAUCUCAAUGUUCCUUUGACUGACUAGACGCUGAUAUCCGUGCUAGAGAUGUAUAAAGCAAAGGAUGAGGAGCGGAUGGAGGAGCGGUGGCCCGCUGCUUCACGAUGGCUGCUGGGCGAUUGGCGGUCUCGGGUCUCUUGACUGCGGUUUUUGCGUCUAUCUUUGUCUCUGCUGCUCCGAUUGCGAAAAGGAAUCCAUAUUCUUUCGUCUUGAGCAAUCCUUACUCGGAUACGAUCUUUGAGCUGGGAAAUGUUUCGUAUCUGGCCAAUACAAAGCAUCCGAAAGCCGUCGUUUCGGCCAACUGCGAGCCAGCCUCCUCCGCGGUACCGAUCACGGUGAUCAAGACGAACGAGUCCAGUAUUUCGAAGGACACGCUAGAGGGCGUUAUUGCUUCGUAUCUUGAGGGCGACGAUGUGUUCAGCGAGGAUUUCUUGGAAGGAGUGUAUAUCUCGUCUUCGGUGACAGCGAGUUUAGACGCAUCAGCGAUCGAGUAUCUUGGGUCGAUGAACGCCAGCUUCGUCUUCGUAGAUGCGUCCAUUUCUGCUGAGGGCAUUUCGACCAUCUCAGUUCAAGGAGCUGUUGACUUGCCCGCUGGACCAUAUCUGGCUUCCGUCGGCUCCGGCUCCGUGAGCUUCUCGACGGUUUAUCGCUUGUAUCGCGACGUGUACCGGACGUUUCUUUUCGGCGCGUAUGAUGCGAACGAUGGAGAGGGGAAUCAUAAUCCGCUGGGGGUCUUCCUGCCCAAAGUGCCAUCGCGGAUUUAUUACUGGGGGGAUGACAGGCCGCUGGCGGGCGAGCGAGUCGCUAUCAAAGACCUUUACGAUGUGAAGGGCCUCCAGACUUCCGCCGGCAGCCAGGCGUGGGCGUACAUCACGCCUGUUUCUGACGGCACGGCUCCUUCGGUCCAGCAGAUCCUCGAUCUAGGCGGCGUCGUGGUCGGGAAGCAAAAGCUGGCUCAAUUUGCCUCUGGAGCUAAUCCGUGGGAAUGGCAGGACGAACACUAUCCUUUUAAUCCACGAGGAGAUGGCUGGCUCACGUGCUCUGCAUCUUCGUCCGGGGGUGGAUGCUCGAUUGCUGCGUACGACUGGUUGGAUUAUGCUAUUGGGAGUGAUACUGGCUCAUCGAUGAGGAGACCAGCUGCUGUCUCUGGUACUUAUGGUCAGCGACCCAGCCAAGGCAUGAUGUCUCUCGAGCGCGUCAUUCCCCUCGGAGGUGCCACAGACACGGCAGGCGUCUUCUCCCGCGAUCCAUACAAGUGGAUCAAGUUCGCGAAGAACUGGUACGCGCCUCAGCUCCACCAAGAAGUCUCCAUCACCGGUCUUUCUCCACUCCAGGUCCCAGAUAGCGAUGCCUUCCCGAAGACCAUCCUGUAUCCCACAGACUAUCUCCCUUUGAACAACUCUGCCGCGGAGCCCAUCCUACAAGACUUCAUCGCAAACAUGUCCCGCAUAUUCAACAUGACAGUCAAGGAGUUCAACUUCACCGCAACCGUGCAGAACUGGACCGAUCCAAUUGCCAGCAACCUCACCACCCUGACCCGAGCCACGGGCGUCAUCAACAGCUGGACGCAGUGGAGCGUUGUCGCGAAGCCGCUUAUCACGGCCUGGAAAGCGCUUUUCGACGGCCGCUUUCCGCCUAUCGAUCCAGCGCGCCGACCGGGUUGGAUCGCCUUCAACGAAUCUGUAUACAACCAAGCGACCUACGAUGCGGCCCUGCAGACCAAGAAUCUCGGUGUGGAAUGGUAUGAGCGCGAACUGCAGUACAGCACGCCUGAGUCGUGCUCCGAGUCGGUGAUGCUGUACGAUAUCGGCACUGGCGGCAAGCCUUCAUACCGCGAGGAAUCCCUAAACGAGUCCCCCGACGCCUCGUACCUCGCCGUGCUCCCCAAAACCGCAAAGAUCACGGGCGCGAAUAUAUGUCCUAUUUUCGGUUGCGCCGACUUCACGGUGCCGAUUGGCCAAGUAUCGUACAAUAGCAGUGUGACGUUGCACGAAGAGAUGGUGCCGGUGACGAUUGGAUUGGUGGUGAAGAGGGGUUGUGACUUUGUGCUGUAUAAUAUGAUUGAGAGGCUGGCUGAUGAGGGGGCUUUGAGGGCUGUUAAGGCGGGGAGGGCGGCUUUUUAG